UCAAUUUUGCAGUUCUUGCUCCUCCAUAGAUCAAAGGUCCCCUUCUUGCUUUGACUUACUAUGGUGCUCCUCCAUAAAGGAGGAUGAAUGGAUGAUGAUGCUGUUUUUGUUGGUGUUGUUCCCUUUCCUAGGUUGGCCGCUUGCUGUCUACAGCCUAGUGUCUCUUUUCUUUUGGGCUCACUAUUGUUUAGUUUUCUGGUUUCUAGUGCAUAGCAAAGGUCUUGGCCUCUUGGGGAUGAGUGAAGCUUGCCAUAUCCUGGUGGAAUUGAGCCUGUUUCAGUUCUAGUAUUUGUUCUUUCCCCUGUCUAAAUCGUUUCAUGUCGUCCCCAAAGUUUUGGCACCACCUUGCGAUCCUCUUCCCCAAUUUGGUCUCUUCCGUCCUCUUCUUUCAGACCUUCCGCCGUUUUCCUCUUGAUCUCUACUCCGUCUCAGGUUCUCGGGCUGUGUGCGGCUUGUCACACCCCAGUGGUUCCAUGCCCGUCUCGAACUGCUAGUUCUUGAUCCCUUCCCCUGCGGAGGUUGAUUCACCUCAUGCCCUAAAAUCAUUGCCUUGUCUGUCGUUUCACGUCUCGUUCUUGCUGUAAUUUCGCUGCUGACUAGCUUGUCUCCCGUGGGGUCAAGCUCAUAGGUUGCUUGUCACACUCCAGUGGAUUCACCUUAAUUUCACUCGUUAUUCUCACCUGCAACUCUGCUUUCACAUCAUUUCUGUCUGCGUAUGUAUGACCCAGAUUAAUCCUGAACUUUUCCCUCUGCUCCUCUGAGAUUUUACUGCCAGUUAAUCCACUUGAGAGAAGCAGGUCGUGAUCUUCCAUUUAAGCGCAGCUCCAGAGCGCUCGGCUGCACAGUGGAGCUGCGUCCGGUUCCCUAUCACCAUCAAUGAGCUGAGCCUGAGCCACCAGCCCGCCAUGCCUAGUAUUCCCCUCCCCCUCUUAAUGGCGUAACUGUACUGCGCAUAUCCCGCACCUGCUAGAAUCGGUGCAUGUCCGCUCGCCUCAUUCCUCCUCGGCUAAUAGCUACAGCUCAUCUUCUUCGCCCCUUUCCAAGCAUGGUUUAAUGGCGUUUGGUGGCUACUUAUGUCGAAAAGCUUCUUCCCCUCGUUGAAAGAAAGCUUUUAGAUUGUUCUCUGCAAAGAAAAAGGACCUGAUCUUUCGUUUGGUCUCGGCGUUAUUUUGGCUUCUUGCAAGACGUUCUUGCGCGGGUCUGUGGCAGGAUCAAGAACUUGGUGGUCGCGGCGUCGGCGGCGGCGAGGCGGCCUCCGAGAGUGGUGCUGCACGGCUUCCCGGGCGGCGGUGAGGCGUUCGAGCUCGUGGCGAGGUUCUGUUACGCCAACGGCGGCGUCGCGGUGACCGCGGCCAACGCCUGCGAGCUGCGGUGCGCGGCGGAGUUCUUGGACAUGGCGGCGGCGGCGUCCACCGCGCCUAGCCUGGUGAGGAUGACGGAGAAGGCUCUCGAGGAGAUGCCGCGCUGGCCGUGGCACAGCGUCGUGGACGCCAUGAAGCAGUGCCAGCGCCUGCUCCCGCUCGCGGACUCCACCGGCGUGUUCGACAGGGCUGUGGCCGCGCUGGUGUCCCACAUGGCCGUCCCCUCGGCCGGGGAUGCCACCCCGACGAGCUCCUCGCCGGAGAGCACUGCGUUCCGGUUCUCGUGCGACACCAAGAGCAGCAACCUCAGCCUAAGGGGUUCCUGCAUCAGCCGCACCUGGUGGUUCGAGGACCUCGUCGCACUCAGCCCCGGCACGGUGGAGCGCGUCGCCACAGAGCUCGUGGCCAGGGGCACCGACCACGGCGUCGUCUCAAGGUUCCUCUUCUACUACCUCAAGUGCCGCAUCGCCGGCGCGAGCUCCGAGGACAAGAAGGCAAUGCUGGAAGCGUCGAUCGCCGUCAUAUCCGGCCUGGACCGGAGCGCGGUCUCCUGCAAGGGCCUCUUCGGCAUCCUGAGGAUCUCCGCGUCGCUGAAGCUGGCCGACGCCUGGCAGGAGCGGCUCGUCGCCAUGGUCGGGCGCAAGCUGGACCAAGCGACGCUGGACAACCUGCUCGUCCCGGCGCCGUCCGGGACGGGCAGCCUCUACGACGUGAGCCUGGUGCUCAGGUUCUUGGAGGCCUUCAUCCGCGGCGGCGACGCGGUGCGCGACGAGCGGACGAGGCUGGAGAAGGUGGGGAGGCUCGUGGACCUGUACCUGGCCGAGGUGGCCCCGGACCCGUCGCUCCGCCCGGCCAAGUUCGUGGAGCUCGCCACCGCUCUCCCCGCCGCGGCGAGGGAUUGCCACGACACGCUGUAUCGCGCCAUCGACGUCUACUUCCAGGUUCACGCUCGCCUGACGGACGACGACAAGAUGAAGAUCUGCAGGGGGCUCAGCUACGAGAAGCUGUCGCCGGAAUGCUGCAAGCACCUCGCGCGGAAUGCCAGCUUCCCGACGAGGGCGGCGGUGCAGGCGCUGGCGUCGCAGCACACCGUGCUCAAGAGCCUCGUCCUCCGCGACUCGGGCGAGCUGAAACCGGUGUCGUCCCCUCCGUCCGCCACGGGGAAGCACCGCAGCAGCUGCGACGACGGCGAAAACGACGGCCAGAUCAUCCUGUACGCCGCGAGGCUGGACCUGUCGCUGGAGAACCAGAACCUCAGGUCGCUCCUGGAAAGGAUGCACUGGCGGGUGAUGGAGCUGGAGAAGGUCUGCAGCCGGAUGAAGACGCAGAUGACCAAGAUGAAGGCCAAGCGAGGCGGCAGCUGCACGGCAAGGUCGCUCCCCAGGAUGUGUUCUUGAUCCAUCCCAAGUGAUCUCAACGCUGUGCCAGAGUGAUGUACAUAGGGUUAGAAUUAAUCAAGUGCAGGUUUCGACAUCCCUGCAUUGUCCAUUUUUUGCUUUCAUUUUUGCCAAAAAUUUCCUGUGUGUAUGAUGUGCAUCAGUUCAGUUCUUGGUGAUUGGAAAGAAGAGCUAGCUUGAGUGGUC